GGCAAUCAGUGGUGAUAGUGGUGUAGUGUAAAUAUAUAGUAAAGAUUAACAAAAAUUUCAUUUCAAUAAUUUCCAAUAUUACGUGAUUUUUAUCGUGAUGAAUAUAUAAUUUAUAUAUAUGUUUUGACAUACGACAAUUUUAGUUUAUAUUCCUAUAAUUAUUCAUAAUUCCUAUAAUUAUUGUUAAGUUAUCUCUAGUACGUUAUAGUCAUAAACUAAUUCUUUUUUUAUGAAAAAAAAACUAAAAGAAACUUUAUUUUAAAAUGAUAUUAAAACGUAACAUUUUUCAAAAUUAAAUUGCCCAAAUAUAAUUAUAACAUAACAAUAACAUUGAUAAAGCGAUAUUUAUCACUAAUUUUGUUGGUGAGAUAUUUGAGUUGCUUCAGGAAGAUUUGUGGAUCCCUGACCAUAACCCCUGCCUAAACUAACUCCAUUCAAUGGGAAUCAGCCUUGCUUUUGGACACUAAAUUUUCAAAACCUGUUUCGUUGGUGUGCCUUCAAAAUUCUCAAUAAUUUCCCAAUGAUGACCUGCGUUCUUAUCCGAUUCCUGAAUCUAGGCAGGUGUGGCCUGCAAGUACUUAACAGGCGGUUGGGUAACUUCAACCAUUGCACUUUGGCUCUGGCCACACUCAACCUGGUCUGCAUUCUGUGCCUGCUCCAUUACCAACUGGUUCGCCAUGGUCGGGACUUGUACUUCUGGUGCGAGGAGCUGGAUAAGAGGCUCAUGGAAUACAUACUUUCCGGGAUCGUACUUAUGGCCACUGUGAGUGUGCUGGGAUCCUGUGUGGAUGGCUUUAUUUUUUCCACCCUGAUUCGUCGUAAAAUGAGUCAGUACGAUAUGCCGCGGCAGCAUUUUGAAGAACGUUACCGUAGGUUUGUGUUUAUACGAUUGGUCAGGAAAUUGGAGCAGGCCCUCAAAGUGCAGACCAAGCUUUCUGAAUUGGGCCAGAGGAUUGUGAUGCCAAACACAAACCUGUCCGAAGCUCAGCAACUAAUAAGGGGUGCAAUCGAUGAGUUUCGCACUGCUGUGCGAAUCCUACUGUGGCCUAAUCGAUCUGAUCUGUUGGCGGAAGCCUUUGUCCUCUUUCACAUUAGCGAAUCACAAUUAUCGGAUCUAGCACUCGAAGGUUACAAGCUAAACGACGUAAAGGGGGAAGACAUGUCCAACGCCCGUUUAAGCCAUAUGCUAAACCCACCAUGGUAUUAAAAAUUGUACCCAAAAUUAAAAAACUGCUUUCGUAAUUGGUUUAAGGGCUUGCAAUGAUAAGCGAACAGUGUAGUUGAGCCUUUUUAAAAAGGACUUCUAUUUGGUUACCAAAAAGAAAUCAUUAUAAACUCCUUAUAUAUUGAAUCUAAAACACGAUAAGUAUAAAGAAUUUUACUGUACCUUUAAGAAAAUGAAUUUGUUAAUUAGAGAAUAUUUAUUGGUUAUAUUAAAGAUUUUGAAAAACGGAAA